AUGGCCACUUCUUCAUAUAUACCGACAAUCACCCGGAAGAAAAGGGUUCCAAGCAAGUACAAUCCUAAUACAUAUCGUGUUGUUGCUUAUGACGAAAAUGAUGAGCCAACCAAAUACCCAGAAGUUUCCAGUGACCUGCGAGAAGUCGACCCUCUUGGGGUGCAUGUGAAUAAUCGUCCCGAUAUGUUGUUUCAUUCCAGUCAAGUUUUGCCUUAUGACCUCACAGACUAUCGUAUCAACAAGCCCCAAUCAAAGAAAUGCUGUUUUCUGCGGCAGAAUUCACGUACACUCAAUGAACCUGUAUGUUUUGUGGACACUAAAGGCCAACCAAUAGGCCAUUGGAUUGCACCACAGUUACCUCCCUUGAGGAAAACCUCACCUACCUACAAGUCUGAUACUGUCUUCCGUAAAGAUUUUUGUGGAAAUAAAAAUGAAAUGUAUGUAACCUGCACAACGUCUCAUGGGGCCAAUGUUAUUCAAAAUACAGCAUUAAACAGCUUCCAUGUGAAUAAUUUACAAGAAAAGGAUGUAAACGUUAAUGAAAAGAUCUCCUAUGAGCAUUGCUAUGAUUCUCGUAAUGAUCCAAACUACCCACUUCGAGGAAAGCGUCAGGGGUCAUUUGUUUGGACAAAGUGCCUACCAUCUGCCACAAAAAACUGGAGUUAUUUUGCCAAUUACAGGAUGAAUGUCAACAAUUGUGAAAGUGAUUAA